CUCACUGUCAGCCACACGCGCUUUCAUUUCCUCCCCUUAUUUAUUCAACUCCACCGCCACUAUCUCAAGCACUUCAUUUUUUUCCCCAUUGCAUCUUACACCAUCAUUAGCACUAAUUAGUGUUUGCCCUUUCUCUCUCUCUCUCUCUCUCUCUCUCUCCCUGUGUCAGAAAGUGAUAUGUAGCUUAUUUUCUUUUCUGGGUCUUCAUUCUUUGAGCUUCUUUAGCUCUCGUCUCUGUUCUUGUUCUUGUUAUAGGUUCAAUGGCUCUCUGUGCAUUUUCAUUUCCUGUCCAUGUCAACCGGGCAACAGCUUCUGGUUCCCAGAAAUCCUCUUCAUUCUCAUCUCACUUUACAUUGGGAACGGAUCUGCUGUGCCCAUCUCAGCACAAGCUCAAUAAGGUACAGGCCAAGAAAAGGCCAGGUGGGGUUUGUGCAUCGCUAUCAGAGAGGGGGGAGGAGUAUCAUUCACAGAGACCGCCAACUCCUCUCUUGGACACCAUAAACUAUCCAAUUCACAUGAAAAAUCUAUCAAUUAAGGAGCUGAAACAACUCGCGGAUGAACUGCGGUCUGAUGUCAUCUUUAAUGUUUCUAAGACUGGAGGUCACCUAGGCUCGAGUCUUGGUGUUGUCGAACUCACCGUGGCUCUCCAUUAUGUCUUUAACGCCCCCCAAGAUAAGAUAUUAUGGGAUGUUGGUCACCAGGCUUACCCACACAAGAUCCUGACUGGAAGAAGAGAUAAGAUGCACACUAUAAGGCAGACAAAUGGGUUAUCAGGGUUCACAAAGCGCUCGGAGAGUGAAUUUGAUUGCUUUGGCACGGGUCACAGUUCUACCACCAUCUCUGCAGGACUUGGAAUGGCUGUAGGGAGGGAUCUAAAGGGAAGAAAGAAUAAUGUUAUUGCUGUUAUAGGUGAUGGUGCCAUGACAGCUGGGCAAGCUUAUGAAGCCAUGAAUAAUGCCGGGUACCUUGAUUCUGACAUGAUUGUCAUUCUUAAUGACAAUAAACAGGUUUCUUUACCCACUGCCACUCUCGAUGGGCCCAUACCACCUGUAGGAGCUUUGAGCAGUGCUCUUAGUAGGUUGCAAUCUAACAGGCCUCUCAGAGAAUUAAGAGAGGUUGCCAAGGGAGUUACAAAACAAAUUGGUGGUCCAAUGCAUGAACUUGCUGCUAAAGUUGAUGAAUAUGCUCGUGGGAUGAUCAGUGGUUCUGGAUCAACGCUAUUUGAAGAGCUUGGAUUAUAUUAUAUAGGUCCUGUUGAUGGUCACAACAUAGAUGAUGUAGUUGCCAUUCUCAAAGAGGUUAAAAGUACCAAAUCAACAGGUCCAGUUCUGAUCCAUGUCGUCACUGAGAAGGGCAGGGGAUACCCAUAUGCAGAGAAAGCAGCAGACAAGUAUCAUGGAGUCGCCAAAUUUGAUCCAGCAACUGGGAAGCAAUUCAAAACCAAGGCUCCUACACAGUCUUACACGACAUACUUCGCGGAAGCUUUGAUUGCAGAAGCAGAAGCGGACAAAGAUGUUGUUGCAAUCCAUGCUGCAAUGGGAGGCGGAACAGGCCUGAAUCUCUUCCUUCGCCGUUUCCCAACAAGAUGCUUUGAUGUUGGGAUAGCAGAACAGCACGCCGUUACUUUUGCUGCAGGUCUGGCCUGUGAAGGCCUUAAACCCUUCUGUGCAAUUUACUCAUCUUUCAUGCAGAGGGCUUAUGACCAGGUAGUACAUGAUGUGGAUCUGCAGAAAUUGCCGGUGAGAUUUGCAAUGGACAGAGCUGGACUUGUUGGAGCAGAUGGUCCCACACAUUGUGGUUCUUUUGAUGUCACAUUUAUGGCCUGCCUCCCCAACAUGGUGGUCAUGGCUGCUUCUGACGAGGCAGAGCUCUUUCACAUGGUUGCCACUGCUGCUGCAAUAGAUGAUCGGCCCAGUUGUUUCCGAUACCCGAGAGGGAACGGGAUUGGUGUUCAGCUACCGUCAGGGAAUAAAGGCGUUCCACUUGAGGUUGGAAAGGGCAGGAUACUGAUAGAGGGUGAAAGAGUGGCACUCUUGGGCUACGGAACAGCAGUUCAGAGCUGUUUGGCUGCAGCAUCUUUAGCGGAAUCCCAUGGCUUAAGGCUAACAGUUGUGGAUGCACGCUUUUGCAAGCCGUUGGAUCGUGCCCUUAUUCGCAGCCUAGCCAAAUCACACGACGUCUUAAUUACAGUUGAAGAAGGAUCAAUUGGGGGAUUUGGGUCUCAUGUUGCUCAGUUCCUGGCCCUUGAUGGCCUUCUUGAUGGAAAACUAAAGUGGAGACCUUUGGUACUGCCUGAUCGGUACAUUGACCAUGGAUCACCUGCUGACCAACUGGCUGAAGCUGGUCUUACACCAUCUCAUAUUGCAGCAACAGUGUUCAACAUACUGGGACAAACAAGAGAGGCGCUGGAGAUCAUGUCAUAAGAAAAUUUAGAAAGAGGGGGUUCAGGUUUCACUCCCAACAAUGUACAAAAUAAAUCUGUAUUGAUUUAUCUUUCAUGUAUCAUUUUUUGUAUAAAAGUAGUGUCAGCAUAUGAAUGUAAGCUAGCCAAUCCAACUAGUUAAAAGGAAACAAGAGUUUCAAUUAUACUAUAAUUUCAAAAGCAUUAACGUGUGAAACAAAAGCUGUUGCUGCCUCUUUUUUCUUUUUCUUUUUUCCUAGGCAGCAGCUAUUGAAGCCUCUUGCUUGGUCAAUUUAUUGAUCAGGUGUGAACUGCUUGAUAAUCCAGUUCUUUGUUCUUCUGAAAGUCCAUGCCAGCCGCAUUGCCUAGAAGUCAUUUCAAUUUUGGAAUAAAUACUGCUCUUUGAUUGUGGAUUGAAAAGGAUGUAUAUUGGCAUAUUGCCAUGCA